GACUGGGCAUUGCAAACUUACAACUAGCUACCUAAAUUAAGUAUCCAGACUUCUCCAGCUGAAACAAUGUUUGGAAGAAAGAUUUGCAGUGACUGCUGUACCCGGCAUGGCUGGACAGUGUCGGUGUUUGAAAGCAAAAGCUGUACCUGUGAAUAUUGUGCAAAAACACGCAGAACCAAAGAAGAAAGCGCGGCAGAAACAGAAAAAAAGGUAGCUGAAAAUAAGGCUGAAAAUGCAAAGAAGAAAGCUGAAGAUGAGGCUGCAAUUGCAAAGAAGUUAGCUGAAGAUGAGGCUGAAAUUGCAAAGAAGUUAGCUGAAGAUGAGGCUGCAAUUGCAAAGAAGUUAGCUGAAGAUGAGGCUGCAAUUGCAAAAAAGUUAGCUGAAGAUGAGGCUGCAAUUGCAAAGAAGAAAGCUGAAGAUACCGUUCCAAUUGCAAAGAAGUUAGCUAAAGAUGAGGCUGCAAUUGCAAAGAAGAAAGCUGAAGAUGAGGCUGCAAUUGCGAAGAAGAAAGCUGAAGAUGAGGCUGCAAUUGCGAAGAAGAAAGCUGAAGAUGAGGCUGCAAUUGCAAAGAAGAGAGCUGAAGAUGAGGCUGCAAUUGCAAAGAAGAGAGCUGAAGAUGAGGCUGAAAUCGCAAAGAAAGAGCUGAAGAUGAGGCUGCAAUUGCAAAGAAAAAUGCAAUCGAUGAUGCUGAACAUGCCAGACAACUGCAGGCAAGGCAAAUAGAAAUUCAAAAGGAAAAAGAAGAUAUUAUAGCAAAAUCAAAGAGAGACAUGGCUGCAGAGAAAACAAAGCAGAUGAAGAUAUCAAGUGAAGGUGACAACACCAAAGCAGAAUAUGUGUUCAGGGAGGCACAGGAACGUACAAAGCAGACCAAAGUUCAGGCUGAGGAAAAGAGAAAGGAGACUGAGGCUACAGAGUGUACCAAACAGCUACAAGCAAAGAAAGAAAUACUGGCCCAAUGCGCAAGUGUAAUAGAAAACAUGGCCAAUAUUGGAAUAGACAAGACAAUGGCCGCUUCCUUGAUAACUAAGUUAAUUGGCACGUUCGAGAAUCCAGACAGAGCCAGUGACCACAACACUCUUCCCAACACUCUUCCCAAGAUAAAAGAAGAGCCGAACACAGUGUAUCGGCGUGUACGCCCUGUUACAGCUCCUGUAUAAGAAGCCUGAGGCUGAGGACUGAAAAACUAAGCUUUUUGCACGUACUUGUAGGUAUUAUAUACUUUGCACUGGUGAUAAAUCACACUUAAUAUCAAAAUAUACCUUAUGACCAUUAUGUUUGAUGGC